AUGCUAGAAAAGAUUCCGACUAUGGUCAGAUCGUACAUACCGUGGUUUCUGCGUGAAUACUGUGGGUAUUCAUGUCUAACCAGAUAUGGAGCCGGUGUUGCAGUGCUCGACAACUUGCUUUAUGCUGUUGGUGGCCAUAAUGGGAGAACCAGGUUGAGCAGUGUUGAGAGGUUAGAUCCACGAGUUGGCAAAUGGGAAAACGUUUGCCCAAUGUUAGAACCACGAUAUCAUUUUGGAACUGCAGUAUUCGAUGGCCAUUUGUACGCAGCAGGAGGAGAGGGAGGGUCAACGUCAGUUGAGAAGUACAGCCCUCUCGCCAAUAAAUGGAUUUCGGUGCCUACUAUGAAGAUGAACAAGGGUUUUUUACUGUUAUAUUCAAAAGAACUUGAACAUAAAAAUAUUGCGAACUUAUCCGCCAGCCUAAUACAAACGUUAGGAUGUAGCAAGGAUUUCCAUUGUAGGCAACGACUAGCUGUUGUCAACGGAAAGUUCUACGCUCUUGGUGGAGGUGGUGAUGCGUCAGUCGAAGUUUUCGAUUCUGAGACGAGCACAUGGGAACAUCACAGCAACAUGAAUGAAAUGUAA